AUGGCCCCUACUACCGAGACCAAGUCGUCAGAUAACCCAUCGCCAGAGACCAAUGGUGAGGAGAAGCCAUCCGAAGUCAAGCCCGAGGCCAAUCCCAACAGCAACGAACCCGGCCAACCGUUGGCGCCUCCCCCAAAACCCAGCGAGGCAGCCGACUACUUCUCAAGCCAGUUGAGCCUCGAGCCGAAUCCCUUUGAGCAGUCCUUUGGUACAGGAUCAGGCACAGUGGAAACUCCCGGCGGGACCAAACUGCCCAGCGUGGCUGCCUUAACAUCUCCGUCGGACGUACUGCGAGGGACUGCGGGUACACCAUUCAACUGGGGAGGCGGCUCUCUUAGGACGGGACCGCUCAGUCCAGCUAUGCUUUCCGGCCCGGCGAAUGAUUACUUCGGCGACACGUCACAUACGCUGCGCGGUGGCUUUACACCGAACGAAAGCUCUCUCCGAACUGGCUUAACACCCGGCGGAAGUGGUUCCAUGUUCCCUGCGCCGAGUCCCAACUCGCAGGCUCUCUUUGCUCAAUUAGCCAGUGGCGGUGCAACACCGAGUACUCUUGAUUUCCAUCGGACCGCAAUGAACGCCGCCGCGGCCAAGGCCAACCGUGUCGACAAGCCCCAAAACGACCAGAGUACGGCAAGGUCUCAGCCGCAAGAAACGAACGGCGUAUCAGUCAAGACGGAAGCGAAGCCGACAUCAGGGGUUUUUGACCCCCAUGAUAACGACGCCGCCAACGGUCUGUUCAUGUUGGCUCAAGGUGCACAAGGACGAAAGGGUACACAGCAGACUCAAUACCCUGUUGGUGGUAAUCAACCGGUUCACGCCCAUCCGGCACCAUCACCAGCAAACCAAAUCAACAAUGGUUCACCUCAGAUGAAUGGUAACGGCGCACCUCCUGCCGCAGCGGCACGUGGAGUUAGCGAAGCUGCGAGUGGCGGUUCGGAGGAGAGCGAGCAAGCCAAACCGAGCACUCGAGGAAAGGGGAAGCGAGGUGGUCCUCCAGCUACAAACGGACGCCGAAAGGCAGAAGAGCCGCCCGCAAAGCAGCCAGCUAACAAGAAAGCCAAGACGGCGCCAUCGUCGAUUGGUACAGACGAUCAUUCCUCGGAAGAAGAGGAUUUGGACCACAAGGUGAACCCUGAUGGCACAAAGACCAAGAUGACAGACGAGGAGAAGCGAAAGAACUUUCUCGAGCGCAAUAGGGUGGCUGCCCUCAAAUGUCGCCAGCGCAAGAAGCAGUGGCUGGCUAACCUACAAAAUAAGGUUGAGAUGUUUAGCAGCGAGAAUGAUGCGCUUACUGCUCAAAUAUCUCAAUUGAGAGAGGAAGUUGUCAACUUGAAGACUCUUCUUCUCGCACACAAAGACUGCCCUGUUACUCAACAACAGGGAAUCCACGGCGCUUUCAUGCAACAGUCAAUGGAGACAUACAACCCUCAAAUCAACCCCUACGGCAUGGCAGCAUCUCUCCCCAACCAGCCGGUCAUGGCGGGACAGGGAGUUCAGAGGCGCUUCUCAUAG